UCGCGCAAAGGUAACACAUUUUUGUUGAUUGUCAAUUUGUGCAAUUAUUUUUAUACAAAUUUGUCGCGAAUCUUUUGUUUAAAUUUCAAAGCUUCUUAAAUUCUUUGGAAAAUAGGAGAAUGUGUUUAUAAGUUCACAAAACAAUCGAAAUCAUUGCAUAAAAAUUCCAAUGCGUAGAAGCAACAGGUUUGCCUGCAUACCAGAGUGACGACAACGUAGGCAAGGUUGCGCAUCAGUAGGGCAACAAAAGCAGGGAGUUAGCAGCAGCACAACAACAACACAUUAUUAACCACAAUAACAACAGCAAAACACACCUUACAAUCUUACAACGUUUACAUUGGCCAAAUUAUUCGAGACUGGUGACGGUGGUAACCGCGGGAACGACGGCAACGUCUAAACCUAUGCUAGUGGCGCUGUGCCGUUUGUUGGCUAUACAUAACUUUGGAAUAGCAUUAGCAUUAACGAAUGUUGGGAGUGCAACUGGGAGUUGUGGUUUGUUAAAUUCCCGUUGUGCAUAAAUUCAAUGAGAACUUGGCAUGCGCUUGGAGUGUAGAGAGCUGGCAUGUGCAGUGAAGUAAGUCGCCCAGCGAUAAAUGAUGUGAGAAAAUUUGCGAAAACGAAAAAACAAAAAUACAUACAACACAACUUAUAAGUGCUAUCUGCUUGGUGUGCAGCGGUAAUAGCUGCAGUCACUUGCAAUGCUAACGCUCCUCGGUGAGUGUCAUCUGUGGAGCAUACGCGAUGAGGUGCGCAUCAAAUCCACCGAUCUGGGCGCCUUCCGCUACACACGCAAUCGGGAGGCACAGCAGCAGAAUACUGAGUUGACGGCGCUGGCCAAGCGUGACUACAUCGAGAGGCGCAACGGUGUAACGGUGCUGAAGAAUAGUCGCAAGGCGCCAGGACGCUUAAAGGAUAAUAUCAAGCGUUUAGAGGAAUUGCUGCGCAUCUAUAAAAUCGUGCAUUCAGAAUGGCGAGACGCAGCGCAGGUGCUACUCCUCUUUGCCAAUGGUAUUAUAGCGCAUAUUUGCGUGGACGCGGCCACAGGUGAUAUACUGCGUAUGGUUUAUGAAAAGUACUUCGUCGGCAAGUUGGCGUCGGAAGUUAUCACUGACGCAUUUUUCACACGUUCCCACAUCGUCUUGGCCUACAACACGAACCAAUUGACGGUGGUGCAUUUGCAGAAACCGAAUGCACGGCCACAAGGGCCUGAGAAAAUUAGCAAUAUGGAUCCGCGAAUAUUUCAUGUGAUAAUACCGGGACCAUCAGAGCGAAAAUUGUCACGGCAUCUAACAGUGAAUAGUAGUGCAGAUUUAUUUGUUAUAUGGACGAAAUCCUCACAGAAUGAAGUAUACCCAUGGCGGCCGACGAUACGUGAUCAGGAUCGAGCGAAUAUACAUGUCUUCAAGUUGAAGGGCAUACAAAUAGAAUCCGUUUCAUAUUGUUGGUCAGAGAAUGAUCCCCUCUCAGUGGAUUUUCUACGUUCAGCCGAAAGUCAAAUACUCACCGUAGAACAAAAAGUGUCACGAAAAGGUGAAAUAUCUGCCGAAGUAUGUACAUACGAAAUUAUCUCGGGUAAAAUGCAACGCGCCACAGUCACGUCAAUUACAAUGGGAACGCAAAUAUGCUGUCAUGCCUUCAGUCCCGACCAAGAGAAGCUAUUUUUGGGAUCGAUUGAUCGUAAACUUUGUCUACACGAUCUGGUGCAGCAAGUGACGAAAGUGGCCUCUCAAAUUGAUAUUAUACCCACGCAAUGUGCCUGGCACUCCGAUAGCAGUAUUGUUAUGGUUGCUAAUGAGCGUGCACAAUUUCAAUGUUUUGACCUCGCCCUAACACCGGUGGGCAAUCAGUUGCAGAGCGAAGAUGUGACACCUCUAAAUUUAUUGGAUCUUUCACACUAUUUCACCAUACAACCAACGCUGCUGCGCAUUGCUUUCAGUCACAAGCCUGAUUUAUCACACCAUUCGUUGCCUUAUGUGCAAACAGAUUGCUUGCUGCUGUUGCACUUCGAAAAUGGCCCAUUGGGUUGUAUGCGACUUUUUGCAGGCGCCGGCAUGCGUGGCGACAUACACAAUUCAGGCCUGACCGCUGAUGUUUUAAUUGACAAAUAUUUGUCGCUAAAUCAACUGGAGAAAGCGGUGAAUUUGCUAAUGGCGCUCAACUGGGAAACUUAUGGUGCGAUGUGUUUGAUAUCGCUGCACAAAAUUGCUAAUCAUGUUUUGUAUCGCGGCGAGGCGAAGCGUACGCGCGUGGAAUUGCUGGGAAAAGCGCUGAAGACAUUCACCGAUGCACUUUCAGAAGAGACAAAGGAUGAGUUUAGCGAUCAAGUUUUUGAUUUGAAAAGACGGUUUUUCUUUUAUCUGCUGCGGAAACAAAUGUUUGCAGAAGCGUUCGAAGUCGCUGAGGAUAUUGAAGAUUAUGAUCUCUUUAUGGAUCUCUUCAAUGUGACGAAAUCGAAUGCCAAUUUAAUCGAAUUUUCAGCCGCCGCCUUUACUCAAGCUGCUACGAUACUCCAUGAGGAGGAAGGCCAUGGCAACGGCGUGCGUGGCAUGCCAACUAGUAAUCUAAGUUUGAUUGUUGAUUAUCGCUCAGAAUCUGCCUGUUCCCAAUCAACUUAUUCCGACUUACAAAUAGUGCAAAGAAAGAAAGUUCAACGCAGCAACUACGCAAAAGAACAUUUAAAGAACUAUGUGCCACCCUUGCCAUCAUUUAAAUCAAAAAUAUUCAGUGCCGAAAUGAUAAAAAUAAAUAUUCCAAAGCCAGAGCUGCGCAUGGAGAAUACGCAAGAUAUAUUGCGCACCCGGCCGCCACCACCACCGCCCCCACUGCCAUCGCUGCGGAGCUUAAAAAUUUCACAAAAUGCAACAAGUGCGGCAGUAGCGGUAAGCAGUACACUGGCUGAGCUUUCAAUGAAGAGUGGCAGUGAUUUAAAUAAUACUGCAAUGGUACACGUCGCUGCGCCAUCCGUCACUCUGCUACCCUGGCAACAACAACUGCCUGCGGAUGCCAAGACGCCAAACAGUAUGCCAGCACAUACCACCACCGCCAUGCUUCCGCGAAUACCUACCACCAGCAGCAACACACACGCGCAAACACAUUUGCCAAACACCGCUGCGACUUUUGUGCACCAUGCUUCACCCGCAGUGGUGGCAGAAAACUCUUUGCCAUUACCACAAAAGCAUGUGCCAAUAGUGCAACCAGCAGCGCUUACCGCUUCAACUACUGGAAAUGUUAGCGCGCUGCAAUCAGGCGUUUACAAACCAAAAUAUUAUCAACACCCUUUAGUGUCUGGCACAAUACCACCUACUUUGGUGGCGACGAGUGAAGAGCAUCAAAAGCGUCUGCUCCAAAAGAAGCCCACAGCAUCCAUUCUUUCGAACAGUUCAACACAACAACAGCAACAAAAUGGUGGUACUAUGAUUAAUGGUGGCAAUGGCACACCACUUGCAAAUGGUAUGCAUAAGGAGCUGCACAGUGGCGGUGGGAAUGGUGGUCGCAAUGCUGCUGGUGAGAAGAAUAAGGUGAAGUUCUCUGACACGGUGCAGGUCGCUGUAGUGCCGGUAAGCGUGAGGGGGAAACUUAAAAAUUAG